GGGGCAGUCUGUCCACUCAAGAUCCUAUAACGCUGUGGCCAUUACAACACAACCGACCUGUUGCUCGCAGAGGGGCCGCUAGUCCACUUGGGAUUCCGUAACGGUCUGGAUGUAAUCUGUGUCUUAAUGCUACCAGGCUCGGUACAUCUCUGCCCGUCUCCACCGCUUCUUUGAGAGUAGAGGGGAAUCCCUCACUAACUCCAUAUUGAUCCGGUUUAAGAAUGCACGGCCUGUAUAUCUCGACAUCAGAAUGCAAUUGAGCGGUAACGACCAGAGACUAGCAAUACCAAACCAUUUUUCUGUGUGAGAGAACGCGCCACACUCUGACGUGCGCCGUCUCGCGAGGAAGCACGCGCCUGUCUUGAAAAACGAUACACUUAUACACGUGACGUAAAUAUGUAUACUGUAUGGGCCAAGACGAAUGAAGCUACAGGGCCUACUACAAGACAGAAUCUGGAGCUUCACCAUAGCGGCGGGUAUUGAAUUUUGUAUGAGAGAAAACUAAUUAUGCAAACAUCUAGCACGCCAAUGGCGAGUAGAGCCAGGAUCGAUACGGCCGCUCUGCACAGUGUACAACGAACGACUAUGAAGCCUGUUCGCCUAGUGCUGCUGUAAUACUCCUUGCCUCCCGCCUGACUGUACCGCCUCCGAAGCAAUGGCGACCUGCUCGCUUCACUGGCAGACAGUCUCUUGCUAGCUCGGUCGGGUUGUGCUGGUUAAACAUGCAGACGACAAAGAUGUGAAUGCCUGCGCGUGAACAAGUGUCGUCUGCUGGUCGUGGAUAGCAGCCGGGGAUGUUCAUUAAGCUGAGGUUUUAGGACACAAUGGACAGCCCAGAUAAUGUAACGCUGAAAGUGCCACUGUGAAGCUAGCUGGUCCACAGGAGGCAAGGCCAUUGACUGUAAACCAGAUCGACAGAAUUUGUCGCCGUAGAUCUGAUCGGAUAUAUAUACUUACUGCUUCACCAAUGCCGACGGAGUAAGGCGACGUGGUACCACUUUACUUUUUCUUUCUUCUUCACCCUUCACCCUGUUUGUCAUUCUAACAAUUCAAAAUUGUUUUCCUAGAGGAUACAGAUCUUUUCUCUUCCAAGGGGAAUACAAUGGCGUCCGUGGCAGCGUGGCUCCCCUUUGCCCGGGCAUCCGCCAUAGGUUGGGUGCCCAUUUCACAAAACCCGCUCCCCCCGCCACGGGUACAACCUGACCACAAGAGAGGGGACGAAAAGCUCAGCAUCAAUGUGAGCGGACGUCGCUUUGAAACUUGGAGGACUACACUCGAAAAAUACCCAGACACCCUUCUGGGGUCAAACGAGAGGGAAUUCUUCUUUGACGAGGAAUGUAAGGAGUUUUUCUUUGACAGGGAUCCCGAUAUAUUUCGGCACAUUCUAAGCUAUUACCGAACAGGAAAACUUCAUUACCCUAGGCACGAGUGCAUCAGUGCCUAUGAUGAUGAGCUCGCGUUCUUUGGAAUUCUCCCGGACCUUAUCGGCGACUGUUGUUACGAGGAUUACAGGGAUAGAAAGCGAGAAAAUAGCGAACGUCUCAUUGACGACAAGGGGUCUGAGAAUGGUGAUCCAAUACCGGCCGGGAACCUCAGGGAACGUAUGUGGAGGGCGUUUGAAAACCCUCAUAUAGGAACGGCGGCAUUAGUGUUUUAUUACGUGACAGGAUUCUUCAUUGCCGUGUCUGUUAUUGCGAACGUCGUGGAGACGGUGCCGUGUGGCGUCGUCAAAGGGCAGAAGGAAAACCCUCCAUGUGGGGACAAAUUUCGUAUAGCCUUCUUCUGCUUGGACACAGCAUGUGUGAUGAUCUUCACUGCGGAGUACCUGCUUCGGUUGUAUGCCGCCCCGGACAGAUGUAAAUUUAUGCGUAGCGUAAUGUCAAUUAUAGAUGUUGUCGCCAUCUUGCCGUACUACAUAGGACUCGUCAUCACCGACAACGACGACGUUAGUGGGGCUUUCGUCACUCUGAGAGUUUUUCGCGUAUUCCGAAUUUUUAAAUUUUCCAGACACUCCCAGGGAUUACGCAUUCUUGGCUAUACAUUGAAAAGUUGUGCUAGCGAGCUUGGCUUCCUUUUGUUUUCGCUCACUAUGGCAAUCAUAAUUUUCGCUACUGUUAUGUUUUAUGCAGAAAAGAAUGUGACAAACACGAAGUUCACAAGUAUUCCAGCGGCUUUCUGGUACACCAUCGUUACCAUGACUACCUUAGGUUAUGGUGACAUGGUGCCUAACACUAUUACGGGGAAGAUAGUUGGAGGUGUAUGUUCUCUCAGUGGUGUGUUGGUGAUCGCUCUGCCCGUUCCAGUUAUAGUGUCCAACUUUAGUCGCAUCUAUCAUCAAAAUCAACGUGCCGAUAAGAGGAAAGCUCAGAAGAAAGCCAGGUUGGCACGCAUUCGAAUGGCAAAGAAUGCCAGCGGUGCUGCUUUCUUGAACAGCAAGAAACGAGCGGAGGAAAUAUUGAUAGCAAGGGAAAGUGGAUUAGAGUUAGACGAAUACAAGGAGGACAUAUUUGAGAUGCAGCAUCACCAUCUGUUAAGCUGUCUGGAGAAGACGACGGAACGGGAAUUCACAGAACUGGAAAUGACAUUUAAUGGAGCACCCACCAAGCCAUCUGAGACCCCCCCUCCGUCUCCCGAUCCCUCCCUGGCCUCGUUACAGAGACGGCGAACUACCGGUUGCUGCGCACGCAGGUUUUCACCACAUCGAAGCUUUCUUGUAAAUAAAGGUCGAACACACGAUAGACAUGCCUUGGAGCAGGAAGAGCUGAACGACAUUCAAAUCCGACUUCCCACAAUAAACCGAUCAUCUCGCUCAAGCCUGAAUGCUGUUGAGUGUACAAAUAGUAAAUCUAACAAUACUCUUACCGUGACAACAGCCAUAGUGACACUCCCCACUCCAAGCACCACCUCAGAGACGGAAUCAUUAAAAACCCAGAGUACAAGUGGGACUAUGUCUCCUCCCACGCAAUCUCAGAACCCUGGAGUUGUGAGGAUAUCUACCUUGUAACAGCAUUUCUGGGCAUUCCCAUGUAGAGUAGAAAUUUUCAACCACCUUGUUUAUUAUGACAUUUUUAUCAACUUCAAGUUUAUACGCGUGAUUGUGAUACAAGGCGAGUCACUGAAUUUCUUGUGGAUGGUAAGCAUUAUGACUUUUUCUUUAAUUAUCUUCCCAUUGGUGAUACUGUGUAUCUUUUUGCUACCGAGGAGUAGUUGUAGAUUUUAUCAGCCAGACAUGAGAUCGGAAACAAUUUGAUUCCAAGCCAUGAUACAGCACUGAGCAAGGUGAAUACAUGAUUUGAGUGAGGAGUAUGACGAUCUACCUAUUCUUAUCGACCAUGCAUAUGUGUGUGGUUAUGAGAAAGGAACGAUUCUGGAUCUGUGUUGAUGGGUCGUACAAGAUGUUUAUUGCCUGAAUACAAUCCACUGAAAGGUCAUGUGAUUUGUACGCAACUAACCACGUGAUACACCACAAAGAUGGCUGUGCGUUUUACCACGUGGAAGUUUCAAAAGUGUAUUUCAUGCAUUAUCUACCCCGGAUAUUCCAGUGAGAGCUGCAAUUUUCACAAUCUUUGAACCUCGAGGAACGAGCACCGAAAAUCCCAAAGUCGGAUACCAUUGGAUAGAAUGUCGAAGGGAGCGUUCAAUUGUGAUUGCGAUACUUUUGAUAUUAUGGGAUGUUGGUUUACAAGUUCCUAACUCGCCUUCGUGGCGGUCCUCGGAGAUGCAAUGUUUAAGCUUUACAAUGCUCCAGUACUUUGUUUGAACUGUUGAGUGUCCUGUACAUAUUUUCUAAUUUAUUUAUUUUACAAUUUUUGCAUAUCAUUUUAAUGUGUAACGCAUCCUGAUCUCAACGUCCUGGCGGUCCCUGCCAACACGAGUCUGUACCGUACAGUGUACGGAGUUUGUACCGUACAGUGUACGGAAUUUGUGUCGUACAGUGUACAGAGUUUGUGCCGUACAGUGUACAGAGUUUGUACUGCACGGUGUACAGAGGUUGUGCCGUGCGGUGUAGAAGAGUGUGCCGUAUGGUGGACAGAGCUUGUGCCGUACAGUUCACGGAGUUCGUACCAUACAGUGUACGAAAGUUAUACCUGAAGGUAUAGAGGUAGAACCGUACAAUAUGCGAUAUGUACCGUAAUUGUACAUCAUCUGUACCAUGCAGGAUACUUAAUCUGUACCGUACAGUGUACAAAUUCUGUUCUGUACAGUUUGCAGAGUCUGUACGUACAAUGCAGGCCGUAGCCUCCCGGAAAAGCAGGAAAUCUGUAUCAAAUAUUUAUGGUCGACAAACUGUUGUCAGAGCGUAUACGAGAUUUCAGGCUCUUAUCAGAACUAUUGCCGGUCGACAGAACCUUGGGGUCGUUACUGCUAAGACUAAAAUCUAUAGUUACAGCUAGUUUAUCCAUUGCUUUUGCUCACAUAACAUAGAAUACAAUUCUAGAAUGUACGUUGAACUAUUUUUUGUAUAUUUGUUGUAAUCAGUGUAACACAAAUUAAAAGGUUUGUAGCGUAGAUUUUUAGAUGUCUUUUAUAAAACGUAGUGUACUUUCAACUUAAUUGCAAAUAUAUUUGAUACAGAUUUCCAAAUGUAUUGAGAGUAUAUGACAUAGCAGAAUCAUAUGUACAAUGACACAUUUCAUUAAAUGGAAACUUAAAGGGCAAGUUCACACGGAAAUUAACCUAUUUUUCUUGUACUUUUUCCACAUUAAAAGUGUUAACCUAGAAUUGUCAUAGACAAAAAUAUAAAAAUAUCACAAUUAAUUAACAUA